AAGAAGGCGGUGGUUAAGGGUAGUGAAGAAUACACCGAUAAAAGGUACCGUAAUAACGUAGCUGUAAGAAAAAGUCGAGCUAAGGCCAAGGAACGACAGAAAACUACCGAAAGUAGAGUUCAGGAACUUGGUGCUGAGAACGACAAGCUUCAAAAGAAAAUAGAUCUGUUGACCAAAGAACUGAACGUUCUCAAAGGACUCUUU